AUGACAGCGUUCCUUCUUACAAUAUUCUCUAUCAUUACCAUCUCAAUUCAACCUAUCAAUUGUAUUUUGCAAAGACCUUCACAGCAGGAAUUACCAACGAAACCAAUUUCAUUCGUAGAAACAUCGACCAAUAUUCAGUAUACAUUUGUAAGUAAUCACAGAGAUUACCGUUUGUAUAAAUUGAUACCUAAAGCGGGUAUUAAUCAAGCUCAAGUCAAUUUCAUUAACCGAAAUCUUGAACAAUAUCUUCGGGAAUCAUUCGAUGCACCACAACGACAUUAUUUUAAUGUUCUUCAACAAUGCGGAACAACAAUAUUGGCGUUCUUCUCAAAUAAUUCAACUCUUGGGUUGAACAAGAUCAGUGCACUUCUUCUAGCUCAUCGUGAAGCAUACGAUAAUUCGGAAUAUGUUUGUUUUUUGAGCACUUUGGAAGAGCAUCGCCAAAAAGGUCUUGGAACAAAGCUUUUGAAUGAAUUUAUUAAAAAUUCAAUUAGAUCAAAUCUUUCUCGUGUUACAUUACAUGUGAACACAGAAAAUGCAAGUGCUUUGACGUUAUAUUUGAAAUGUGGUAUGCGUUGCAUUCAACACAUCGCUGGAUAUUAUUAUGGUGAUCAAACAUUUGCUUCACAGGAUGCUUUUUUCAUGAGUUUACAAUUGAAAAACGUGAAAAAUUCUUCAGCAACAUGUCAAUCAACAAGUGCAGUGAAUAUUCCACAUAAUGAAGAGACUUCGUACAAACAAAGUUGUCCACAAGCAUCUAGUGGAUGA